AUGAAUCCAGAAGAACAGCGUUCAAGUUGUCCAGGAUUUUUGGAUGAAUAUGGCAUUUGGAAUAAUGGCUUUGAUUGCCCAUCAUUAUCUGGCCAAAAGCGUAUAUGCUGUGGAUCAGAGUCUCGUCGUUAUUGUUGUGCAUUAGAAAAUUUACAAACAAGCUCAUUUAGUCCAUUCAAUCUUCAUGAAAAAUCAUUUUUAUCAAGAAAUCAAACGAAUAUAUCUUUAAUUGAAAGAAUUAAUUUAACUUUUCUAACGCUACCUAUUCUAUUAACAUGUAUUUUAAUAAUUAUUCUUUUAUUAUUAAUUAGUUUAAUAAUAUUCGUAAUCUUUUAUCGUCUUUAUAAACGAAAUCAAAAUAAAAAAGAAGAAUACUUAUCAACAAAUCAAUCAUUAUUUGUUGAUCAUUUUCCAUUUUCACCUCCACAUCAUCAAUUAUUUUUUAAAAAAUCUAAUCCUCAAACAUAUCUUUUACCUCAACAACCAAAAGAUGCAUUAACAGCAAGUGUAUCAUCAUCAUCAGCUCAUGUACCAUCUGAGCAUUAUUAUAAUGAUUGGAAAGAACUUUUUAAUAAUACAGAACAACCGAUGAAUAUGUAUCCAACAAUAUCAUCUCAUAGUUUGGAAACAAACGAUAAUCAAUCAUAUCUUUAUUCGAAUUAUUUGUUUCAUGGUAAACAUCAACAAAAUGGAAUUACUGUCUAA